AUGGCCAACUUCAGCGCCAUGAGAGCGGUCUGCGCGGUCGGAGCCAUAUGGCUACAUUACGUUGCGCUUAUUGCCGCGUUUGGUUUUGAUUUAACUGUGACAACUAGAUCAUUGAGUAGUAAUGCGUUCGUCGCGUGCCACAAGGAUCUGCAGGUCUCCCAUAACGGACGUGAGAUAUGCCCAAGCCAUGUCGGCGGCACCAGGUACGUUUGGCAUCCUCAACCACCGUCGGGUAAUGGAAAUGAAAUCUAUACGUACGUCGGUGAAAAUGAGAAACUUCGUUCCGUACCACUUUCGGAUGUGGUGCUCAUUGAAGGAAGGGAAACAUUCCUAUGGAUGGAAUAUUAUCGCCAGCAAACGCAGAUGGUGUUCACAAUGGGAGGAUCAAAUAGGAUUGUGUUUACCGACAAUCGUUUCAUGUUUAUCUGUGGCCCGAAAGAUCUGGUUUUGAGCGAAGAGUUACAGCGUCAAAUCUAUCUUUUCAGUUCUACGAAAAAGAGUGAAAUUCCUUGGGAUGCACAAACUCCAUUAGUUCAAGAAAUAGCAAAGAUAGGCAAGGGCCUGGGUGUAGUAUACAUGAACAGAGGACGCGUCAAUCUACCUUUUCAAGGCUGUGGGAGCCGCCCCUCGAGACUAUUCGCUCCGGAUAAUGAGGUGACUGUAGACCCCGUCACCGGCACACGUUCUUGUGUAGUGAAUCCUAUGUCGCAAUCAACUAUCGGGUUUGUAUGCGAAGGAGUGCUCGAACCUAAGAAUUGCAUGUAUGACCUGUUGGUUGAUGGCGUCGUUACGAGAGUGCCUAGACCACGUUAUGCUGAGAUAUCCAGUUCAUAUCAACCGUGGGUAUCGGCGAAAUACUUCAAUAACUUGGCUAUACCAUCGUUCAGCGGCGAAUGCAGGUGUACGGAUCCUACAACGGGCGCAAUAAAGGCCAAAAUGGAAAUACGUUCAAAAAACGACUACGUAUGUGACAUCUCCAGCAUGAUAGAACGCAGCCUGUCGCAUCCCAUCCGGGGUCCUUGGUGCUCCGUGGUUCUCCAUCCGGGCAGCACCUUGACCAUCAGAUUCCCAAAAGAGUCUCUAGGUGCAAGCUCAGCAAAUGAAUUUGUUGUGGAUAAAAACGGGCAAUCACCACCUGAUACACUCACGCAAACGCAGCCUGGACAGUUUUUCGAAACCGAUUUCGCACCGAAGGACUUAACUAAGCUGAGGCAAGAGGAAAGCGUUUAUGACCUUGGUAUUUACAAAGAAGUACCAUACCACAGUGCUAUCGCUGGCGACGCCCUAGAGUUAGAUGUUUCGCAAAUGAACAGCGGAGAAGUGAAGCUGAUUUACCAUCCGGAUGAACCCAUGACGUUAUUAGGUGGACCAAACUCGUUCGGUUUUCAUUGGACUUCCAUACAUAGAAAUGCGAAUAUUGAAAACAAAAUACGUGCUACCGUCAAUGUUGCCUUUGCGUUCACCCAUGAGUACAACAUAAUUGGUUCCGACCGUGGGCCACACGCCGUCUUUUCUCCCAAGAGUAACGAGACAAAUUGCUCGGUGACAUCCAUGGGUAAUGGCAUAGGGGAUGUCCACGAAUGCAAAGUCUAUAUUGAUCAGGGCUCUCGUUGGACUGGUAUCCACUGUAGGCCUGGCGAGGAACUGUUGCCGACUAAUUGCCAGUCAAAGGGAUACGAUCUCACGAAGAAUAGGAUUAUUUCAAUUCCUGAAUCGGUGCAAAAUGAAACGCCGCAUCACAUUGUAGGGUUCCAGCUGUUUUCUUAUCGGUACAUCGACGAUAGCCCUGUCAGCUACGCUUGCUCUUGUGUAGACCAACGUGGCUAUGAAAAGUCCAGGCUUGUUAUAGAGUCAUACCAAUACGAAAAGUUUACCUUAACAGCAAUACGGACACAGGCUCCUCAUAGAGUGGUUCCUUACGUAGUACUGCCGUGGCGUGAGGUUGACUUGUCAACUGAUGAAUUCGCACCACCCACAUCUCUCAUGCUCUACAACAUACGGCGGAGAUCAACCACUCUGCAGCCGGGUAAGACAUUAGCCAUGACUUGCGGAGUUGAGGAAAACCCAGCUAAGUAUGGGGACAUAAGGUGUGAUUGCCCUCGCCCUAGAAUUGACAAAAACAUUCCAGCAACGUGGCUGCCGAACCAAACUGAAGAAUUCUAUUAUUCGAUGAACGAAACAGACGGUCGUAUCGAGGUUGUAAAAUCGGCAUACGCAGAUACAAUUGCGGCAUCUCCAGGUGGAUUCUCGGUCGGCUACCAGAGCGAUAAGAAUGCAGGUAAAACCCGUAUAUUGGUAAUUAAGUCAAUUCUGGGAGCAAUCCUGAUCUCUAAAAAUCCAACGCAUAAGAAGUAUGUGCCGAUGACAUUCAUCUGCGGUAAAGCACCCGAGACAUCGGAGUUGUCCGUUAUGCCUGGAGAUGCAUCGACAGCAAACGCAUCUGCACAACCCACUUCUAAUACCAUGGCGUUGUCAUUAGGAUACAUGUGGAACGUAGUUGAGGUUAAAGUCGAAAUGACGGACCCCUACCGGCAAGGCUGCGGAGUUACCUACGGGUCCGCUGAGUUGUUCAAGCCCGAGACACCCAAACUCUACAAUGCGGAAGGGCAGGAAAUCGGGUGCAAGAUCGAUUUGCGGGCCGCACGCAAAGCGGCGUUCUACUGCCCAACACCGUACGCCAUGGACCCACCCAACUGCUUCAACCAAGUUUACGUUGAGGACGAAGUGAAGAACCUGAGCGAUGUCAGCAAGUCGUUGGUAGCGUCAAGAACUAAUCACUUUGUCACACUGAAGUUUGACGGUUCCCAGAUAACACCAAGAGAUAAGCUGCGCCAGACGCCGCUGUUGGAGUGCCGCUGCGUCACUACCAAGGGUGUCGUCCUGUCUACCAUCCAGAUCGAGAACUACUACGCCAGGUGA